UCUCUGCGAUCCGCCGCCCUCCUCCGCCUCCUCCUCCUCGCCGCACUACUGACAACCGUCGUCGUCGCUCAAAACACCACCACCGCAGCAGCUACCUGCCCGCUCGACUUCACCGGCCUCCGCCGCCUAUACGACCCCUCGAAUUCCCCUGCGAUCGACAGCUCCCAGACCUGCCAGUACAUCCGCCAGGGCCUCCGCCUCAUCCAGUCUGACUACCUCCGUCGCACCUCCCGAUUCCUCCCUCCUCUCAGCUCCGCCGACUCCUGCUGGCGAUCCUACCAGCAGCUCAUCAACGAUUCCCUCCCCAACUUCGACAUCCGCCGCUCCUGCGGCUUCCAGACCAGCUGGAUCUCGCAGGGAUGCAUGAAUAUCACCACCAGCUCCUGCAUGUCUGCCGUCUGA